CAGGCCCUUAGCUUAAAGUCCGCUGUGGUGGGAAAUGGCGGUGACUUUUUAAUAAGCGGGGCGGGGCUAGUGACGUUAAUAACGGCCCAUUAAAGCAAAACGUUUCUAAAAUAUUCAGCCGCCCCUGCGGAGCCGUUUCUGUCAUUCGGCACAUCCUCGGCAACGGGCCCCAGAUACUAAAGAAAUCCGUGUGGGUGCGCACACGCCUUAGACGGCAGCAGGCUCAGGGAUUCCCAUCGUGUGCGGCGAAAAGGGGAUGAGAGGAUAAAGGAUGAGAGGCGCGCGACGGCGGCAGUUUGAGAACGGAACCUCCUCUGGCCUGCGCCUGCGCGUGAUCACGUAACGGUUCUUACGGCGGCGUCUACUGAGGGUGAGGGGCGGGGUGGGAUCCUCCAAGCGCACGCGCAGUGCCGGAUAGCGGUGGACUGGGGGCGUGGCCAGACGGUAAGGAAGGGGGAAUCAGCUGACUCUGCCGCGUCGGAUUGAGGGACGUUUCAUCGGCGGAAGGAGGGACGACCACCUCGGUUUGAGGGAGGUGCCAUGGCGACCACUGUUAGCACUCAGAGGGGCCCGGUGUAUAUUGGUGAACUUCCUCAAGAUUUCCUUCGCAUCACCCCAACUCAGCAACAGCAACAGAUCCAAUUGGAUGCUCAAGCAGCUCAACAAUUACAGUACGGAGGAGCAAUGGGUACUGUUGGGAGACUGAGCAUCACUGUAGUGCAGGCAAAAUUGGCAAAAAACUAUGGCAUGACACGCAUGGAUCCAUACUGCAGAAUACGACUUGGCUAUGCUGUCUAUGAAACUCCCACAGCUCACAAUGGAGCCAAGAAUCCCCGAUGGAACAAAGUUAUUCAGUGCACUGUUCCACCUGGAGUGGAUUCUUUCUAUCUGGAAAUCUUUGACGAGCGAGCAUUUUCAAUGGAUGAUCGCAUUGCUUGGACGCACGUUACUAUUCCUGAAUCACUGAAACAAGGAAAGGUAGAAGAUGAAUGGUAUAGCCUGAGUGGAAGGCAAGGAGAUGACAAAGAAGGAAUGAUUAAUCUGGUCAUGUCUUAUACAUCCUUACCAGCUGCCAUGAUGAUGCAGCCUCAGCCAGUGGUCCUGAUGCCCACAGUGUAUCAGCAAGGAGUUGGAUAUGUGCCUAUAGCAGGGCUUGAAUACUUGGCUCUGGGAAUGCCUACCGUUUGUAACCCAGGCAUGGUACCUGUGGCAGUUCCACCUCCCGCUGUCAACCCUCAGCAUGUAUGUAAUGAAGAGGAUUUAAAAUCUAUCCAGGACAUGUUCCCCAACAUGGACAGAGAAGUAAUCCGUUCAGUGCUAGAGGCCCAGAGAGGGAACAAGGAUGCUGCUAUCAAUUCCUUGCUUCAAAUUGCAGAGGAAUCUUAGACCAUCUGCUCAUUUUCCAUCUUCAUUGUUACCCUUACUUUUGAUUUGCCAAGCCCAGGGAUUUAGGUAGAGGAAGAAUUUCCUGAGAAAGCA